AUGAAUAGAGUUCCCGGAAGAAAUAGCGCGAACUAUGAAAACGUUAUUUUCGAUGUGAUUGUAAAGCGAUCGAACUGUUCCCGCCAUAAAGGUUUUAUUUAAAUCCGGUGUACCUUCUUCCCGGCACUCUUUUAUUUCUCUUUACGAACGACUGUUUUAAGGUACAUAUACACCAUUCAUCCACGCAUCAGAAGCUUCUGCAUUCAUAUAUUGGCUUCGACAGGUAACACAGAAACCUGCUGGCGUAAAGAGCAAAACGGAAAAGCGGCAGGCCGAUCAACGGCAACGCGAGUCCUUGAAACGGCGCAAAUCCCUGCCACGCCAAGCAGAAUCGUCCGCCCUUAAUCCUGAAAAAUCUAUGUCCGCUCCUGCCUCUCAAGUCCCGACAACCACCGAUAUCCCAUUGUCUUCUGGUUCUGCGAUAACCACGUCAAGCACGAGCAAAAGCACGAUGUCUGAAGAGAAUGUUUCUAGCGGUUCUACAGCAUCGCAGGAGAUUCAAGGAGUGCCGCGCUUAGAAACUGUGCAAGUUUAA